AAUACGUCAAUAUAUAUCUGCCUGACACAGAUUAUUUUAAACAGAAUGCAAAAUAAAUUUUUAUUAAAAGUUAUAUAAUGACUGUUAGAGAAUUUAUUAAUUGCUUCGUUCGUACGUUUCGUUCAUUUCUUAGAAAACUAAGUAACGUUGGAGUAUAAAUUAUAAUCGAAAGGAUUAUAUUCUUACUAGUCGAACCAGUUUGAUUCUUUUUCUUCUUAUUUAGAUAUGAACUACAAAUCUAUGCGAAACUAGAAUAUUUUCUUCCCACGUACGCGAAGACAUAUAUUUAUUAAUGAUGAACGUGUAGUUGAGAAAACGUCUAAUUACGAAAUUUUAAUUAUUAUUUAUAUAAGAUAAAUAAAUAGGCUGGCAUUGUGUGUGGUGAGUCAAUCUAAUUAAAAUAAAAUAAAUCUAAAUAUGUUAGAUAAUAAUUUUAGUGUAAUAUUGUUGGCCAAAUAGUGUAACGUUGUGUUUGGUAGAAUAUAUAUAUAUAUGUGUGUAUAUAUAUAUAUAUAUAAACAUAUAAAUUCUCUAUUUAUAAAACAUUGCAAAUUUGAAUUUUUUAACAUAAGUCAUUGACGAAUCGAUUUGAUGAAAAUUUAAAUAUACUCACAAUCACAAUAUUUUAUUAUAAUAUGAACGACAAGUAAUGUCUAAUAAAAAGAUAUAUUAAAAUUGUUUAUUUACACGUAAGAUAUUGCAAAUAUUGACAUUAUUUAUUAACGAACUUAAUAUUUGUGAACAUUCUGAAGUAUCAUGUCACAUGUAAUAUUAAUUAUAAGAAUCUAUUGCUGUACAAUAUGGAAUAUUAUUCCGAUGGAAUAUUUGAACGAUUUGAAAAAGCCCGCCAAAAUAUACAUUGACUCUUGACAUUAAAUUUUUUUGUCGAAACAUUUAAUAAAUCAAUCUUAAAUUAAUAUUAAACUCUUUUUUAACUGUUCAACUGUUAUCAUACAAUGAGAAACUCUAAUCGGCGAGUAAUCGUUAACAGAUGUCACUACGUGUCAUACUUUUUAACUUUCGAACAAUAAAUAACUAGAACUACCAUUCAACACAGUUCGAAACACGUGUUUGAAGAAUCUGGAUUGGUUUAAUAAGAUAUUAUUGAAUGAAAAAUUUUAUUGAUCUCGAUAGAUCUUCAUUAUAAUAUGUAUCACUAUGAAUCGAACGUGUAGUGAAUUUUUCAUAUUUAACAAACACAAAAUUUAAUUGUUGCGAUAAAAUAACGCGAUAAGAACUAUGCAAAAUAUUCUUUCUGUAAAUAAACGACGAUAAUGAUAAUUAAUGGAUUUUUGUCAACUCUGCCAACAAUGAACUAUAAAAAAAUUACGUAUUAGGAGAAUUUAAGAUACGCGCAUGAACCUUUGAUAGAGAUUCUAUAUCACGAAAUUCGCUUGAAGUUUUAUACAACGAACCGAAGCAUGAACAGUGAAAACGUAGAGUUCGAGAUGAUGCCGAGGAAUUGCAAUUCAAGAUACGAAUUUUUAAAGAAAUAUUUCGGAUGGAUGAGAUACAUUUCGGUGGAACCAACGAUGUGGCUUUAUAUGAUGGCCUUCAUGAUAACUUCGGUAGUGGAGCAAGAUUUUUUUAUUAAUAAAGCGUGUAGAGUCGAUCACGAUCUAUCCGAAGAGACAUGCGCAAAUUUAAAAGCCAACGAGACCUUGAACACCGAAGUUCAGGUAACCGUAUCGAAAUUUCAUCAAUGGAACAAUAUAGCUGGACACGUGGUACCGAUAAUUUUAGCAUUGUUUUUCGGAAAUUGGAGCGAUAGACACGGUAGAAAGUUACCAUUGAUUUUAGGAUUGAUUGGUAAAUUUAUAUAUUCUUUUAUGAUUAUCAUUAAUUCGUUGAUAAGUAGUUGGAAUUUGAAUAUGGUGGUAUAUACCGCGAGUUUACCUAUGGGAAUGCUUGGAGGUAACGUUGCUAUAUUUGCCAGUUGUUUUUCAUAUAUAUCGGAUAUAACAACUGUUCAACAGAGAACUCUAAGAAUCACUAUACUCGAUGUUAUUUAUCUCAGUACUAUGCCUACCGGUGUGGCUCUUGGUUCGUAUCUCUUUACGAACGUCUUAAAUUCGUCCUACAGUAUAAUGUUCACGAUAAACUCUGUCCUCCUUGCAAUUGCUAUUAUUUAUUCCUUUUUAAAUCUCAAAUGGCGGACGUCCACUCAACAACGACAAUUUUCGAACGUUAAUCCUUUCUUCGAAUUCUUCGAUAAAAAACACGUAGCAGAAACCAUAAAAACAUUAAUAAGAAGAAGAAAAAAUCACGAAAGAGCUUAUCUUUGGAUUUUCCUAUUAGCAAUGGCUUUAUACACUUUUCAAAGAGACGAGAAACCUAUGAGCUAUCUUUACACGCAACUCACGUUUAAAUGGGGUGUCGCGGACUUCAGUAAAUUCAAAACAUUUCAAUCGGCACUCUUUGUAAUAGCAAUACUCAUCGGUGUACCUACGAUGAGUAAAUUAUUAGGAUUAAGAGAUACCGUAAUUAUUGCAAUUGGUGCUCUGGCACAUGCAAGUGGUAGAAUUGUUUUUGCUUUAACCACUAUACCAGAAUUAUUUUAUGUUGGAGCGGCUAUUGCAGCUUUGGGUCCUAGCGUUGCACCAGUAUUAAGAUCAAUGACUUCCAAACUUGUUCCUAUGGAAGAAAGAGGUAAAGUGUUUGCUAUGUUAUCUGUUUGCGACAAUGCAGUACCUCUCUUCAGUGGUAUUUUAUAUUCUCAACUUUAUAAUUUAACAAUUAAUACAGCACCUAGUUCUAUAUACUGGUUAACAUUUUCUACGCAAAUUAUGGUACUUUUACUUAUAUCUAUAAUACAUUUUUCAUCUAAAAAUGAAAAUGUACAAAAUGAAAACGAUGAAGAAAAGUAUAUAGAAAGUGACUUAGAACAGGACAAAUCUUCAAAUUGAAUAAAAUAUGUACAAAAUAAUAAAAUUAGAUAUUUAUACAAUUGAUAAUAAAUUCUAUACUCUUGAUACUAUAUAUUACAUAGUAAAUUACGUUUAUAUUUUAAAAGAAAUUUUAUAAUUAUUCAUUCAUGUUUCGAUCAUGCAAACAGAGUAUAGUAAAAGACAAAUAUAAACUACUAAAGAGAGAGAAAAAAUUGUAUGAAAUUUUUAUUUCAUAGAAAAUAUACAAGAAUUGUAUACCAUGUAAUAUUAAAUUUUCAGAAUGUAAGUUUUCUUAUGUUUUCAAUGAUCAAUACCAGUCAAUUCAUUGACUGUAUAAAUACUUAUUAAGUAAUGAUAAAGUUAACUAUAACUAGAAUAAUAAUUUGUUAAGUUUACUAAUAAAAAAGUUUAUGUAAAAACAUAUAUAAUCAGACAAUUAAUCGCAUCAUGAAACUGUAUAUAGUAUUUAGUAAUUAAUAUAGAUAGAAAAUUAUUGUUGAGACAUGUUUAAUAAAAGACUUCUGAACAAUUUUUUUAUAA